AUGGUGUCUAAUCGAGGCUGGCGCUCUCUAGCGCUGUCCCUCGCUGUCCUAGCUCCCCUAGCGCAUGCCGAUAUCUGUUCGACACUCGAGGCAAAUGGAAUUGAUGUCGAAUACCCCUUGACAUUGGACUAUACGACCGAUUUGACGAAUUAUUGGUCUGCCGCGUGCGGUGAUCUCAAGCCCACUUGCAUUGCCGCGCCAUCGAGCGCGGCUGAGAUGUCACAAAUCAUCACAGAGCUGCACGAUGUCGAGACUCUCUUCGCGGUGAAAUCGGGAGGUCAUAUGCCCAAUAACGGGUUCGCUAGCAUCCAGGACGGCCUGUUGAUCUCGACCAAAAACCUCGACUCGGUCUUCUAUAACGAAGAUGACCAGACUGCAGUCAUUGGACCCGGUCUCUCGUGGGAGGAAGCACAGGAUGGACUAGCUGGGACAGGCCGGGCUGUGGUGGGAGGUCGGCUCGGAGGAGUGGGAAUCGGAGGGUAUAUGCUCGGAGGUGGCAUGAGUUUUCUGAGCACCCAAUAUGGUUGGGCGGCCAACAAUGUCGCGAAUUAUGAAGUUGUGCUGGCCAAUGGCACAAUUGUUAACGCCAAUGCAAAGGAAAAUACCGGUGAAGAUCCAAUUACAAGCCACCCCGUCUACUUCAGGGUCAAACUAAGUGUUAUUCGCAGAUCUUUUGCUUCUCUCAAAGGUGGCGGAAACAACUUUGGUGUUGUGACGGCCUAUACCAUGCAGACGCACCCCUCGGGCAAGGUCUGGGGUGGGAACUAUGUCUUCACUGCGGACAAGACACCGCAACUGCUGGCUGCGCUGCGCAACUUUGUGGAUGAAUAUCCCGAUGACAAGGCUGCUAUUAUCUUAACCGCGGAGCAUGGCCUGGUGCUCGAUCUGUGGAUCAUGUUCCUAUUCUACGAUGGCCCUGAGCCACCAGCUGGCGUGUUCGAUGAGUUCACCGCGAUCGAGCAUACGUCGACGACCAAGACGUGGGAUACCUACUAUGACCUGCUGAAAAACAAUGACUUUUUCAUCCUCCACGGACAACGAUACACCAUCGCCACUGAGACAACCCCUGUUCCAAGCAAGGCGGUCGGGUCUUCCGUGUUGCAAGAGUACUAUGAUCACUGGUUCAAUGUGACAAACACUGUCUUGGGUGUUACUGGCGUCCUUGGAUCCAUCGCAUUCCAGCCUGUGCCCAAGAGCUUCUCCCAAAAGGCCAAAGAUCGUGGUGGAGACCUUCUUUCCGUUCCAACGGACACCAACUACAUCUUUAUCGAGUUGGAUUUCUCGUACUCGUUCGCGAUAGAUGACGAAAAGAUCGACCAAGCCAACCAAAACCUGUAUCAGGGACUGGGGAACCUGGUGCAGAAGAACAUCGACGAGGGUCUCCUGCCCGAUGUAUACCGACCGCUCUUCAUGAACGACUUGUACUACCGCCAGGACUACUGGGGCCGGAUUGCCCCCGCAUCUAAAGAGCAGGCACUCCAGACGAGGCUGCGAUACGAUCCCGACGGCUUCUUUCAAAAGCGGACCAGCGGCGGCUGGCGGUUGGAGUAA